AUGUUGUCGUUGCUCCUAUGUUUUGAAUACAAGGAUCCUGUCAUAUCGAGUCACUCAUCGGGUGAAUCGAAAAGUCUUACACCAUCUCAUUGUGCUACACCAAAAUGGACUACACCGAACACACUGAAACACUAUCUUCUGUUAUACGACGUGACCGUUGACGAUGAGGCAAGAUCACUUGCUUUGUUCAAUGAAAUGUGCUCUGUAUAUGGAGUGGAUUCCUGUCAAAUAUUGCCCAUUGGAAAAGGAACGGCUGUUGAUGGACUGUCAGAUAUGUGUUGUGAUGCUGAGGAGUUGGAUGGAGUGUUGAAUGCAGGCUUGCGUCGCGCUCUUCAACACGCUACGGCUUCAGCGAUUGUUCAGCAAACACUCGAAAGGGAACCAAGUGCCCCUAGUACUGUUUCAACGAUUUCUCCUUCGUAUGCAGUGGUGCAAUCUGCAGUAACUUCUACGGAACUAAAUGGUUUCCCUGGUAAAUAA